AUGGGCCCCAGCCAACCCUUUCCACCUCUGCUCCCAGAUCCAGAAAUCCUCCCUGAAUCAGAGCCGUUCCUACACCAACAAUCCACGAGCAAUGAUUUGACUGAAGACGGCGAAGAAGAAGAAGAAGAUGAAGAUGACAUCGCUUUUGGAGAAGAUGUCGACUUUCGCUCGCAUUAUAAAUCUCCGCCGGCCUUUGAUGAACUGGACGAACAACAUGUUAGUUCGCUAAACGACGACGAUGAUGAUGAUGACGGGGAGGAGGAGGAUGACGAUGACGAAGAAGAAGACGAAGACGCCGAUGGCAAUGAUGGCAUCGCCCUCCACAGACCCUUUUUCCAAUCAACCGGAUCCCUACCCAAUGCCUUUGCGCCGCCGUUCUACAAUCGUCCGCCGACACCUCUCCCGCCCUCGCCCUCUCUGACGUCGCUGCUACGACCCUCCUUUUCAGCAAAUACCUCCCGUCCAACGACGCCUGAUAGUUCAGACGCGGAGACGCCCAAUGACACUGAGGCCGCGGUGGCCAAAUCGGCGCGGAUUGCGACCACGGUGCCACGGGUUAGCCCAAAGGUGCCGACAUAUGAAUACUAUGGCUUCGUGCUGUAUUUAGCAUCGUCGCUAGCAUUCUGUGCGUGA